CCGUGAUGACGCAUAGGCGUACGCUCGGUGGCUCCUCGGGGAAGAUGGCGGCUGCAUCUUUGAAGGAGAGGAAUUGAGAGUGGGGAGAAGAGAAGAGGACCAGACGGGAGAGACAUUCCCUGCGGCGCCUAAGGACGCCGCGCUCGCGGUUAGGAGCUCCUCCAGGCCCCUUACGUGACUUAUUAGGAAAACAUCACCAUGGCUACAGAAAUUGGCUCUCCUCCACGAUUUUUCCAUAUGCCGAGGUUUCAACACCAGGCUCCCCGACAAUUAUUUUAUAAGCGACCUGAUUUUGCACAGCAGCAAGCAAUGCAGCAGCUCACCUUUGAUGGAAAACGAAUGAGAAAAGCUGUAAACCGAAAAACCAUAGACUACAAUCCCUCUGUAAUUAAGUAUUUGGAGAAUAGGAUAUGGCAAAGAGAUCAGAGAGAUAUGCGGGCAAUUCAGCCGGAUGCAGGUUAUUAUAAUGAUCUGGUCCCACCUAUAGGAAUGUUGAAUAAUCCUAUGAAUGCAGUAACAACAAAAUUUGUUAGGACAUCAACAAACAAAGUAAAAUGCCCAGUAUUUGUUGUGAGGUGGACCCCGGAAGGAAGACGUUUGGUCACUGGAGCUUCUAGUGGGGAGUUCACCUUGUGGAAUGGGCUGACUUUCAACUUUGAAACCAUAUUGCAGGCUCAUGACAGCCCUGUGAGGGCCAUGACGUGGUCACAUAAUGACAUGUGGAUGUUGACAGCAGAUCAUGGAGGCUAUGUGAAAUAUUGGCAAUCCAACAUGAACAACGUCAAGAUGUUCCAGGCACAUAAGGAGGCGAUUAGAGAGGCCAGUUUCUCACCCACGGAUAAUAAAUUUGCUACAUGCUCUGAUGACGGCACUGUUAGAAUCUGGGAUUUUCUUCGUUGCCAUGAGGAAAGAAUUCUCCGAGGUCAUGGUGCUGAUGUGAAGUGUGUAGACUGGCAUCCAACCAAAGGGUUAGUCGUUUCAGGAAGUAAAGAUAGCCAGCAGCCAAUCAAGUUCUGGGAUCCCAAGACUGGGCAGAGCCUUGCAACACUACUCAUUCGAACUCUUCGAACUGCAGUCUCUAGCAAUAUUCCAGUCAGCUUUCUGCUGCUGUCACACAUAGCAGAAUUAAUGGAUGAAGUUGAGGGUGAGGCCUGGAUGCAAAAUAAAGUUCCAAUUCCUGCUCCAAAUGAGGUGCUGAAUGACAGGAAAGAGGAUAUUAAGUUAGAAGAGAAGAAAAAAACACAAGCAGAAAUUGAGCAAGAAAUGGCCACAUUACAGUAUACCAAUCCUCAGCUUUUAGAGCAACUUAAAAUUGAAAGGCUUGCACAGAAACAGGCUGAUCAGAUCCAACCUCCUCCCUCAUCUGGUACUCCUCUCCUUGGACCUCAGCCCUUUUCUGGUCAAGGUCCAAUAUCUCAGAUUCCACAAGGUUUUCAGCAGCCUCAUCCAUCUCAGCAGAUGCCAUUGGUAGCUCAAAUGGGGCCUCCAGGUCCGCAGGGCCAGUUCAGAGCCCCUGGACCCCAGGGACAAAUGGGACCACAAGGCCCUCCAUUGCAUCAAGGAGGUGGGGGGCCACAAGGAUUCAUGGGACCACAAGGACCCCAGGGCCCUCCCCAGGGACUACCACGGCCUCAAGACAUGCAUGGUCCGCAAGGAAUGCAGAGACACCCUGGACCUCAUGGUCCUUUGGGUCCUCAAGGGCCACCCGGACCUCAAGGUAGUUCAGGUCCUCAAGGUCAUAUGGGUCCUCAGGGUCCACCAGGACCACAAGGUCACAUUGGCCCCCAAGGCCCACCUGCUCCUCAGGGUCACAUGGGCCCACAGGGUCCUCCUGGUACUCAAGGAAUGCAGGGACCACCCGGUCCCAGAGGAAUGCAAGGACCUCCCCAUCCUCAUGGGAUGCAGGGUGGACCAGCAUCUCAAGGGAUGCAAGGACCUCUGAUGGGAUUGAAUCCAAGAGGAAUGCAGGGGCCUCCAGGACCUCGGGAGAAUCAGGGUCCUGCUCCUCAAGGGAUAAUGAUCGGCCACCCGCCUCAAGAGAUGAGAGGACCACAUCCUCCAAGUGGAUUGCUGGGACACGGCCCUCAGGAAAUGAGAGGGCCGCAGGAGAUGCGGGGCAUGCAGGGCCCUCCACCACAGGGCUCAAUGUUGGGCCCGCCCCAGGAGCUUCGAGGACCCUCAGGUUCACAAGGGCAGCAGGGGCCACCCCAGGGCCCUUUGGGACCUCCACCCCAGGGUGGCAUGCAAGGGCCCCCUGGACCUCAGGGACAGCAGAACCCAGCAAGAGGGCCACACCCAUCUCAAGGGCCAAUACCAUUCCAGCAGCAGAAAGCGCCUCUGCUAGGUGACGGGCCCCGGGCCCCCUUCAGUCAGGAAGGACAGAGUACAGGUCCCCCACCCUUGAUACCAGGCCUAGGGCAACAGGGAGCACAAGGCCGCAUCCCUCCUCUGAACCCUGGACAAGGACCUGGCCCUAACAAAGGUGACUCUCGAGGCCCUCCCAACCAUCACCUGGGCCCCAUGUCAGACAGGCGGCAUGAGCAAGGCGGUGGCCCUGAGCAUGGUCCUGACAGGGGGCCUUUCCGGGGUGGCCAGGACUGCAGGGGUCCUCCUGACAGGCGUGGCUCUCACCCUGAUUUCCCUGAUGACUUCAGACCAGAUGACUUCCAUCCUGACAAGCGCUUUGGCCAUCGGUUACGGGAAUUUGAGGGACGAGGAGGACCCUUACCACAAGAAGAGAAGUGGAGGCGAGGGGGCCCUGGACCUCCCUUCCCACCUGAUCACAGGGAGUUCAAUGAGGGGGAUGGCCGGGGCGCUGCCCGAGGCCCUCCAGGGUCAUGGGAAAGCCGCAGACCUGGAGAUGAACGCUUCCCCCGUGACCCUGAUGACCCACGGUUUCGAGGGCGCAGGGAAGAAAGCUUUAGAAGAGGCGCUCCUCCAAGGCAUGAAGGCCGUGCCCCUCCAAGAGGAAGGGACAACUUCCCUGGUCCUGAUGACUUUGGUCCAGAAGAGGUUUUUGAUGCUUCUGAUGAAGCAGCCCGAGGACGUGAUCUCAGAGGCCGAGGCCGUGGCACCCCUCGAGGGGGAUCCAGGAAGUGCUUACUCCCCACUCCUGAUGAGUUUCCUCGCUUUGAAGGAGGACGGAAGCCAGACUCCUGGGAUGGAAACCGAGAGCCCGGCCCGGGUCAUGAACACUUUCGUGAUGCGCCCCGCCCUGAUCACCCCCCUCACGACGGCCAUUCCCCAGCUAGCAGAGAGCGCUCCUCUUCUCUCCAAGGCAUGGACAUGGCCUCCCUGCCACCCCGGAAGCGCCCCUGGCAUGAUGGGUCAGGCACUUCUGAACACAGAGAGAUGGAGGCCCAAGGCCCCUCGGAGGACCGAGGAAGCAAAGGCCGAGGAGGCCCAGGACCUUCCCAGAGAGUGCCAAAAUCCGGGCGUUCCAGCUCUUUGGACGGAGACCAUCAUGAUGGAUACCACAGAGACGAACCUUUUGGUGGUCCUCCAGGCAGCAGCUCGUCUUCUCGAGGGGGCCGGAGUGGCAGUAACUGGGGUAGAGGGAGUAACAUGAACUCUGGCCCCCCAAGGCGAGGCGCUUCAAGAGGCAGCGGGAGGGGUCGGUAGGAGGAUCCGGAUAGCCUAGGCCUCUCUGGAUACUAUUUAAGAAGUUCUUGUGGACUUAAACCAUGAGAAGCAAAAAACAAGCCUUUACCACUGUAGCCCUGAACACUUCUUCUGGGGCAGCUGAGUUCUAGGAGCCCAGUGAGGUGCUCAAGACGAAAAGACUGGUGCUGCUCCAUCCCCAGGGAGUCGGCCCUGUUUUGUCUUGUCUCCUCAUUGCUCUGACUCUCCCGUUUGUUUGUGAAGAUAAAAGCUGGAAUCCUUUUUUUUAAGUGUCAUGAGAAAUGGAGCACCUCCACAAAGUUAAGUUCAUGUCCAAUUGGAAAUUUAUUUCUAUAUGUACAGUUUGUCAGAGAAAAAAAAAAAAAAACCUUGUUUUGUAUGAAUAUAGAAUGUGAUUUACUCGAGUUAACAGAAGCACUGGGUGUGCAGUGCUCGCCUUAAGGAGGUCAUGGUUUCAGCGCCGACGACUGACCUGGUGAGGGUGACCUUACUGCUGGCACUUCUGACAGAUGAAGGUCAUCUGCCAACUGUGCUUUUCACAUAAUUUUUGUCUUUCUGUUGUUACACUGUUCUUGUUACGUGAUAAGGAAUACUUUAAAAUUGCUCUAACCUAGUUCAAGGAGACUCAAAACCUCAGACAUGCUCCAUGGGGUCGAAAAUUACACUGAAGAAAAACUUGAAUCUUCUGGGUCUUCAACUAGAGGUUCUCCCUUGGAUGCCUCUCCGAGCAGUUUAGCUUUGAGAACUAAGAGAUUAGUUCUUUCUCACUGAGAGAAAAAUCUGGUGUAACAACAGUAACUUGGUGCAUCUUAUCGUCCAAAGUUCUAAGGACGUGGAACAAAGUAUCUACAUUUUGAAAAACAAUUUCUUCUUCCACACACACUGUGGAGACAUCAAGGUUCGGGGUACAAGAUAGAAGGUACCAGAAAGUUCUUUGCUGUGACAAAUUUCUUGCUUUAAAAAUAAAUAAAAAGUUGGGUGGGAAGGCAAAGGCAGGCAGGUCUCUGAGUUCAAGGCCAACCUAGUCUACAAAUCUAGUUCUAACAAAGCCUGGGGUACACAGAGAAUCCCUGUCUCAAAACCACCACCACCCUAAAAAAGCCAUACAUACAUACAUACAUACAUACAUACAUACAUACAUACACACACACAUACAUACAUACAUACAUACAUACAUACAUACAUACAUACGCAAAGGUAGCACUUGAAGAGAUAGCUAGGCAGUUAAGAGCUCAAACAGGGACUGAAAGUCAGCUCCAGCACCUAUGAUCAGGCAGCUCACAUACACACAUAGAGAGAUCCUCUCUUUAAGAAAAUACCCACCUAUAUCUGGGCACACAUGCAUAACCUUGCCUUUGGGAGGUGGAGCUAGGAGGAUCAGAAGUCCAGUGCCGUCCUUAGCUGCAUAGUAAGUUUCAGGGCAGCCUGGGAUUCCACUUCCCACUUUCCCCAACCCCCACCUCAGUCUCAAUCGGACUUUCAGGUUGAGAGAUUGAGAUUCUUUUUAUGCUGACCUAU